AUGACAUCCCUGAAGUUUGCUCUGAUUUUUCUGUUCUUGUGGCCAAUAGGCUUGAAAGCUAAUUUACAGCUGUCUUUGCAUGUUCGUCAAGAGAGUGGUUUUAUAUCAGCUAAUGUUGGAGACAAUGUAACUUUGCGAUGUUUCUAUAAAGGUGAUGUUGCAGCUAUGUUUUACUGGUACAAACAAACUCUGGGACAGAAACCAAAGCUCAUCUCUACCUUCUAUAAGCACGAUAAAAAUGGCACUUUUAAUGGUGAUUUCAAGAACAAUCCAAGGUUCUCUUUGGAAGCUAAAAAUGGCCUGAACCACUUGACAAUCUCAAAUGUACAAAUUUCGGACUCAGCUACUUAUUACUGCAUAAGCUGCUAUGCAUACAAGUUUGAAUUUGCUGAGGGUACUACCAUCAGUGUGAAGGGUUCAGGUUUGAAUAUCCAAACUUCAGUCCAUCAGAUAUCUUCUGAGACCAUUCAGCCAGGAGGCUCUGUGACUCUGAACUGUACAGUACACACUGGGACCUGUGGUGGAGAACACAGUGUUUACUGGUUCAAAAGCUCGGAAAAAUCUCUUCCAAGACUGAUUUACACCCAUGGGGGUAUGAAUGAUCGAUGUGAGAGGAAAACUAACACACAAACACACAUGUGUGUCUAUGAUUUGCCAAUAAAGAGCCUGAAUCUGCCUCAUAAUGGCACCUACUACUGUGCUGUUGCCGCUUGUGGACACAUACUGUUUGGAAACGGGACCAAGCUGGACUUUGAGGAUGAGGUGACCUUUUCUGACAAUCUUGUGCAUGCCUUAAGUGGAGCAUUGGCAUUCACCACCACUUUGAGUGUUUUAAUGGCUUUCCUAGUGUACAAGAUGAAUAAAGAGUCACAAGCAAGAUGUUCAGAUCCCUCCACAACUAAUGUAGAGGGAAACCAAGAUGCAGACAAUCUUCACUAUGCUGCUAUACAGACACAAAGGUUCAACCGGCAAAAAAGACAGAUGAACGAUGCCACGAGUCACUGUGUGUAUUCUAGUGUAAGACAGCAGAAUUGA